CGCGAAACGGUAGCCACGUCAGAAACGAAUGCCGCGGAUUUGCCCGGCGGAUAAUGACCCACCGCCGCCGCCGCCGCUGACAACGUCGCGGCUGAGCUGGCGGCGCCUGCUUUUAACGCUCAUCUCGUACACGCUCUUCUUCACAGACGUGCCGCGGAGCGGGUAUGGGUUUGCGUCCUUCCCAAGUACCUACAGUCGCCACGCACCCGACUCGGCCUCGUACUUUGGCCCGUACGCGUACCUGGUGCUCAACAUCUCGCGGCAAGACAACGGCUCGCUUGCAGGUCUCGCGUCGUCCGGGCCCACCUCGAGGGCGCUAGUGUGGAGCUACAAGUUUGAUACGACCUCGAUCGGUCUCCGCGGGCUCGUCGCCGUCCACAACAUUUCGGGAUGGGACCCGUGCUUGCUGUACCAGUCGACGUGUCCCAACUUGACGCUCAGCGUCGCAUCCGUGUGGCGCAUGCUGGACAGCACGAUGGACGCGCUGGCGCCGUCGCCCACCGCGUGCCGCACAAUCACCGCAUUUCGCGACAACCUGGACGACUUUGCAGAUUUUGGGCCGCUCCAGCACGUCCACUACCGGUCGACGCAGACGCAGACCUUGGACACGCCGGUUGACCUCUGCAAGCCGCACUCGGGGCAUCGCCUCCAGUUCUGCAACGAGCCGUGGUCCAACCUCGGCACGUUUGGCUACAAGAAGGUGAGUGUCAUCAGCGCGCACAUUCAGGCGCGGAUGCAAGCGCGCCAACGUACGAUGGACCUCAACUCGCAGCGCAUGGACGUUGUCGUCAUCGACUCGACCAUGGACGUGCAGCGCUGGCGGGGUAGUCUCACGCACGUCGACUCGUUCACGUGGGACGUAGUCUCGCUCCUCCGGGUGCAAAACUGCACCAACCCAUCGAGCUGCCGCACGGUCGAGCUCGUCGACUACCGGUACGAGGGCGGCAUGCUCGACUCGAAUGUCGUUUACUACUACAAGCUCGUGCAACUGCUUCGACUUGUGGGCCAAGUGUACAAUGUCGUCCGCGUGUUGGCGCUUUUUGGCGGCUGCUACGCGGCGACGCGCCGCCACCCUGUCUCGGAUUCGCGAUGGCUCGCAGCGCUCGGCCUCUUCUUUCGCAUUCCUGGUCAAGUGGUCAUCUACGGCAGUUGGUUUCCAGUGAGUCUCUUCGUUUUUGCGCACGCCACCGACGCGACGCUGCUCUAUCUGUACAUUUCCAAGAGCUUUGUCGCGCUCGAUGGCGCGAUCAACACGAGCUUGUCGAAUUUAUAUGGCCUCUCGACGCUCCUUACUUGCCACAUGCGCAACGUAUGGGUCCUCAACCUGCUCGCCAAGGCGUACUUUUACCUCCGCCACCAUGGAUCGCACGCAUCGAGGUGGUCGCGCCACCUCGUCGGUCUCCGCGGCUACUUGUUGCCGCUCGUGUCGUUUGUGUCGGCCAUCUUUGACGUGCGCUGGAACGCGCUGCGCAGUACCGAGAUCCUUGCGGCCGCACCCGUGUUACCGAGUAGCGCCCAAGCCGCCAAGCACGCGGGUUCGAUUCCCUGUGAUGUGCGCUUUAGCGGCCUGUUCACCGACGCCAAAAACUUGCUCAUUGCGCUGUUUCUUGUCCGAAGCGCUUUGCGACUCGGGCGCGUGCGCUCGGUCCACGCGACGUCGUCAGUGCCGUACAUUGCGCUCGCCCACUGCAACCUCUCGAUGUUUAGUACGUCGUGGCGGUCACUCUUUCUCGAUCGGACGCUUGGCCGAACCGUGAGCACGCAGCUCACCCUUCCCCAAGAUGACGACGACAACAUUGACGAAGCGCGGAUGCUCAUGAACAUUAUGUGGAUGACCGACCCGAUCGAGUGGCUUCUCUUGUGGCAGUGGCGCUGUCCGAUCGUCUUCACCUACCGCCACGCCACGACGCGACAGGUGCUGCAUCAUCCGCUCGGAAAACUCGAUCUGGAAGAACUCGACGACCACAUACUUCUUGAUGCGCGCUACGAGUGCAUUGGCCAGCAAGACCUGAACGCUCUCGCGUGGUGCGACCGAAUCCAGUGCUACUGAAAGCAACCACACCACCGUAAUAGAAUAGUGUUGACAGUAGCAUGUCACCCAAAACAUGUGUUUCGGC